AUGGCCUACUACAGCUAUCUCGCCUUGAAGAGACCAGGUGACGGAAACGACGACAACUACAACUGGCUCGUUAUCUCCCCUGAUCGAAACAGUACCGAUACAUUCUUCCGUAUCCUGUUGGAGAACCAGCAGCUCAAACUAGGCAGCCAGAAAAACAAGGUUAUCAACAUCCACGAACUCAAAAGGGAGUCUUCUAGAUUCUGGACAAUCAACUGCGACGAUGGAGACGUUGGAGCAACACUGCAUUUUGCUCUUUCCGGCAAAAACGAGUCCGGCAACACUGCCGAAGGCACUGUCCUCAAUGAUUUGGUUGGCAAAAUCAAAGUCUACUGGAUGGGCGGCCGCACAGGGCUUCAGUGGAGAGUAAUCGCCCAGCAGACUGCUGUCAACGUGGACGAUGACUGGCUGUCUGGGUACAGUUUCUUCAUACGCCGACGGGGCUAUCCGAACUCCUACUGGUAUCAGAACGACAAAAAUACAACAAUUCUCUCUGACAACAAGCGAACUCGGUAUGUUGUCACUAUUACAGGGACCAGAGUCAUGUCUCCCAAGAUUCCUCUCAUCGCCAGCGACAGGAUAGUAAUCAGUAUCAUUGGUCCCGGUGGUGAAUUGCAGCCGAUCAGGAUCCGGAAAAGUGGUUCUGGGACAACUCAAAACAAAUUUUUGUUUAGCGAUUUCUUGACAAGCUUCAAUGUUGACAACAACGAAAUCGUCAUUUCGGAGCCAGGUACUGGGGAUAGCUUUGAGCUCUGUGAAGGAACCGCCUACAAUGCCUAA